UCCCCACACUAGUACGCAACUGCAAUUUCGUAAUCUACCGUCAAUUGCUUCGUCGCGGUUCUCUGUGAAAAACAAAGAAAUUGAGUGAGAGAGAGAAACCCUAACCCUAGCUCGGUCUCUGAUCUCUCGAAUCUAAUCUCUAUGGCCUCCGGCGGAUCUUCAGGCCGAACCUCGUCGGGUCCGAGAUCGUUCGGUUUCGACUCCGAUGACGUCCUCUGCGCCUACGAUGCCUACACCAACCAGGAUCCACCCAACGGAAACCGAUCAGAUCCAUCGCCAAAGGGUUUUCAUGAAAGCAGAAUGGGAAGACAGUUGGUUAGUGUUUAUGGUCAACAAGAUGAGUAUUCAAAAGAAGAAAUAAUAGAUGCUGUUGAGAAGUGCAUGAAAAAGUAUGCUGACAAUCUAUUGCGCCAUCUUGAUGGGAUCAGUGGACGGUUGUCACAACUGGAGAUAUAUUGCUACAAACUCGAGCGGUCAAUAGGUGAAUUUCAAGCUGAUAUGAACCGUGAUCAGAGUCAAGCAGAUACAAAGCUCAAGUCUCUUGAAAAACAUCUGCAAGAAGUCCACAGGUCCAUUCAAAUUCUCAGAGACAAACAAGAGCUUGCCGAAACUCAGAAGGAGUUGACCAGACUUCAGCUAGCACCCAGGGAAUCUGCCUCUACUACCAAAUAUCAAAACAACGAAGACACCAUCUCAUCAUCGUCAGUUCCUGAGCCCAAAAGGCACGAUGACACACCAAACGUUCCCAGUCAGCACUUAGCCCUUGCUUUGCCCACCCAGAUCCCAGUAUCAUCCUCUCUUCCCACUAGAACUCCUGAAAUGAAUCAGCUUCCAAUUCAGCAGCAGCAGCAGCAGCAGCAGCAGCAGUCACCUGCUCUUGCCCCUCCACAUAAUCAUUACACACCACAACAACCAGCCCCCUUUUAUUCUCAGCAGAGCCAGGCCUUGCAGCCUGAAACACAAGCACAGUACAUACAACCGAGAGCUCAAAUUCAGGAACCAAGCCAAGCACCACCACCACAACAUCAGCCUCACAUAGCAAAUCAGCCCCAAAAUCCACAGCCAUUCCCUCAAUACCAGCAGCAGCAUUGGCCUCAGCCAUCUCCCCAGCAGCUCACCCAACAGGCUAUGGCACCAACUCAACCACCAACUUCACAAUCCCAACUUGCUCGACCUCAAACACCACCCAGUUAUAUCCCGUACACCCAUCAGCCCAAUAAUCAGGAAACCUUUGCAUAUUCAACAGUUCCUCAAUCUGGAGUUAACCAAAGUUCUUUUGGAAUGCCUUCAACCAAGCCCACUGGUUAUGCAAGUGCUUCACCUUACGCACCACAGCCUAAUGUACAGGGCUAUAACACUGUCUACAGUUCGGAUGGAAGCAGAGUUCAGGCGUAUCAAAGAGGAAACUAUCCACCCCCAAGCAAUGUUUCGGGCAUGCAGAACCAACACCUGCUUCUUGGAAACAGUAGCGGUUUUCAUGUGCGAAGCCAUCCUUAUAUGGACAUGAUUGAGAAAGCUGUGAGUAUGGGAUAUCCAAGGGAUCAGGUCAUCGGUGUUGUAAAUAGGAUGGCAGAGAGCGGGCAGCCUGUGGACUUUAACGCGCUGCUCGAUAGGUUGAACUCUGGUCCUGCUGCUGGAGGAUCGAGGUGGUGAUGAUUUCGUACUUCUGUCCUGUCUUUAAUAAAGCAGUCAUGCUAGAGUAAGUCCAAUGUAUUCUUGUAUAUAUGGAGUAUGCGUGAGUUUUAUGAUAGUUUGGUGUUCCCACUUCCCAUAAAUGAGAUUUGUGAAGUGAAACUGGAUCUUGCUUGGGAACAUGAAUUAUGUGUCUGGGAAUGGGUUUCGUCUUGUUAUUGGAGCCUUGAGAUACCAAGUUAAAGGGGAAAAAAUAUAUUGGCUUAAUUAUGUUGUAAUAAUUUUCAGCAGGGUGUCACGCGUAUCCUAUAUUUUGGA